GGCGCUGUGACUCAUGUCUCGCUUGUCCUCGACAGCAGUCUUUUCCCUUCCACAAUCAAUGUUGGUCUUGGGGCGCUAUUCGAGACCGAUAUUGCCAGUGAGAAGACUACGCCUACAUCACCGCUUGAGAAUGGCCGCCGCACCGGCAUCAACCUCCGCCUCCGCCCCUGCCCCGGCACCGCAGAAGCCCGGCAAGGGCGCCGCUGCCAAAGCCCCGCCAUCCUCGUCCACCCUCGAUCCCUUCUCCGACCCCACGACCCCUGGUGAGAAGAAGGUCCUGCAAUCCUUCGAACACGCCCACUUCAGCGCCUACAGUCCCAGCGCCGUCGAGUCGUCAUGGUACCAGUGGUGGGAGAAGUCUGGCUUCUUCAAGCCCCAGUCUCAGCCGAACGCUGCCCCCGCCGACUCGUCUAACUCCUUCGUCAUACCCUUGCCCCCUCCGAACGUCACCGGUGAUCUGCACUGCGGCCAUGCCCUUGCCAACACAAUACAGGACACUCUGGUCCGGUGGAAUCGAAUGCGUGGCGUUCCCACUCUAUGGGUUCCCGGCUGUGACCAUGCCGGUAUCAGUACACAGUCUGUCGUCGAGAAGAUGCUCUGGAAAAAGGAGAAGAAGACCCGUAUCGAGCUUGGCCGCGAAGCCUUUACCAAGCUGGUGUGGGACUGGAAAGAUGCAUACCAUCAGCGUAUCAACAACGCCCAGCGACUGAUGGGCGGCUCCAUGGACUGGUCACGCGAAGCCUUUACCAUGGAUGAGAACUGCACUCGUGCUACCAUGCAGGCUUUCUGCACUCUACAUGAUGAAGGUCUUAUUUAUCGAUCGGAUCGUCUAGUCAACUGGUGUACGAACCUACAAACCGCCCUGAGCUCGCUCGAGGUCGACAACAAGGAGAUUCCUGGCCGUACCCUGCUCGACGUGCCAGGCUAUGAAAGAAAGGUUGCCUUCGGCGAGAUGACCUAUUUCAAAUAUCCCAUCGAUGGCACCGAUCUCUUCGUUGAAGUUGCCACGACUAGACCUGAAACCAUGCUAGGUGAUACUGGUAUUGCUGUUCAUCCCGACGAUAAACGUUAUUCUCAUCUUGUCGGCAAAUAUGCGCGCCAUCCCUUCACCGACCGCCUCCUCAAAAUCGUUGCGGACGAAUAUGUCGACCCAGAACUUGGAACUGGUGCCGUAAAACUUACCCCUGCGCAUGAUUACAAUGAUUACCAGCUGGGAAAACGCCAUGGGUUGGACUUCAUCAACAUCUUGAAUGGGGACGGUACAAUGAAUGAAAACGUUGGUCCCACUUUCCAGGGCCAAAAAAGAUUCGAUGUCCGGUAUCAAAUCGUUGAAGAAUUAACUAAGCUAGGCCUCUUUGUGAAGAAAGAGUCGCACGCAAUGACGAUACCAUUGUGUGAAAAGACUCGCGAUGUCAUAGAGCCUCUAAUGAAAAAACAGUGGUGGGUUAAGAUGGCGGAUAUGGCAGCCGAAGGCUUGAAGGUAGUAGAAGAGGGGAAGAUCAAAAUAUUGCCUGAAAGUGCUGAGAAAUCAUAUAAGCGAUGGCUUUCGGGCAUUAAUGAUUGGUGUAUCUCGCGCCAGCUUUGGUGGGGUCAUCGAAUUCCUGCGUAUCGUGUUGUACUUGAAGGCCAAGACGCAUCCGUCGAGGAUGAUGAGGCUCACUGGAUCGUGGGACGAACACCAGACGAGGCCCAAGCCAAAGCGGCAUCUGCAUUUCCCGGGAAGCAAUUCACUCUGGAGCAAGAUCCUGACUGUCUCGACACCUGGGUUAGUUCAGGACUAUGGCCAAUGGCUAUUCUUGGAUGGCCGGCAAAAACUCCUGAUCUCGAACAAUUUUUCCCCAAUAGCUUGCUCGAGACGGGCUGGGAUAUUUUGUUCUUUUGGGUUGCACGUAUGAUCAUGCUGAGUUUGAAGCUCACGGGUGAGGUACCUUUCAGAGAGGUCUACUGCCACAGCUUGGUCCGCGAUAUCGAAGGCAGAAAGAUGAGCAAGUCGCUCGGUAAUGUCAUCGAUCCUCUAGAUAUCAUCAAUGGAAUUGAUCUCAAUGCUCUCCAUGCGAAACUCCUCGUCGGGAAUCUCAAGGAGACUGAGAUUGCCAGAGCCACCAAAUACCAAAAGACGGCCUUCCCCGGUGGGAUUCCCGAAUGUGGUGCCGACGCUUUGAGAUUUACUCUUCUCUCAUAUACUACUGGCGGCGGUGAUAUUAACUUCGAUAUCAAGGUUAUGGCAGCUUACCGACGCUUCUGUAAUAAGAUAUGGCAGGCAAGCAAAUACGUUAUGGGUCGCCUACCCGAAAACUUCAAGCCUGUUGCCAAUCUUGAUGUUGUCAGCCUUUCAACACCAGAAAAGUGGAUUCUCCAUUGCAUGAACUCCGCUGUUAGAGACCUCAAUGCGGCUUUAGCAGCCAGAGAAUUCUCAAAGUCAACUCAAAUUGCUCACAAAUUCUUCUACGAUGAGUUGUGCGACGUCUUCAUCGAGCACAGUAAGAGUCUGUUGACCUCAGGGACCGCGAGUGAGCAGGACAGCGUGCAGCAAACUCUCCAUCGGGCCUUAGAUGUCGCGCUCAGACUUCUUCACCCGUUCAUGCCUUUUAUUACUGAAGAACUUUGGCAACGUCUGCCGCGGGCACCAUAUGAGAACGCAGCCUCUGUACCAGAGUCUAUCAUGGUGGCGCCGUUCCCAACAUCCGAUGACAGCCUUUACUUUCCUGCCGAAGCUGAGUCCUACGAGCUCAGUUUGCAAUGCACACGGGCCAUACGAUCACUAGCUGCUGAGUAUAACGUCAAGACUGGUGGUGUUGCCUUUGUGAAAGCUGUCGAUGCCACCUCAAAUGCUAGCAUCGCACCUCAGAUGACUUCUAUCAAGACACUCUGCGGCAAAGUCCUCUCUGACCUAUCGCUUCUUGGUCCCGAAGAUGCUGUGCCUACCGGCUGUGCCGUGUUCGUUCUGACGAACAGUAUCCAUCUCUUCCUCCAAGUUGCCGACGCCAUCUCGGAUGUAGAUGCUGCCAUCAAAAAGGUACAGGUCAAACUGCAGAAGAAACAGGUUGUCGUCAAGAAACAGAAGGAGUUGAUUGCCCGUGACGGGUUUGACAAGAGCAGCGAGGUUGUUCAGACCGCUGAAAAAUCUAAGCUGGAGGAGGCAAAUACUGCCGUCAAUAACUACGAGAGGACGAUCGAGGAAUUCGAGAAAUUGAAGCUGAAGGCUUGAUUUAGAUAGACCGCGAGUUCUAUUCUUCUUAAUCUCCUGUAAUCUGGGAGAGUCUAGAGUUUAGAGUUUCUCAAUUGGCUCGAGUUGAUAAAAUAAAAAAGCAGGCUUCUUACAUGAA